AGGGAGCAGUCAGUGCUGCAAGGCAGAGGUUAGCAAGGAGGAGAGUGCGUGAAUGAGAGCUGCUGAAUCUGCUGUUUGCUUGUUUUGCUGGGCUGCCUCCUUUCCACACAGCACUGGCACCACAGAAUACACUGCCACCACUACAGACGCUGCUGAUUACCACGCUAGUUAGCCACAGCGCUAACAGGAGAGCAAGGGGCCACCAGGAAUCAAGUUAUCCGGGUUUCUCCAUCCUUUGAGCAGGGGACGUAGCCGUGUCGUGUAGUGGAGGGGGCAGACGCUACGAUUUAGUCACCCGCUCCUACCUCCCCCAACCCCACUCCCCGUCCCCUUCUCCCCAAACACCACCAGCAGCCCGCUUGCUCCUCCCUAUCUAUGCCCUUGUCCUCGGCGGCUCCUCUCAACUCCCUGGCCAGUAUAUGGAUAGAAGCUCCCUGUUUCAGCUCAUACAAGAGCAGCUGGACCCAGACAACACCGGUUUCAUCGCAGUGGAGAACUUCACCAGUCUGGUGGAGCACCAUGAGCUGCAGCUGGACCCCUCCAAACUGGACAUGCUGUUCGCCCUGGUGCAGAGCAACGAGGAGGGACAGGUGUGCUACCAGGAGCUCAUUGAGCUGAUGAGCAGCAAGCGUUCCAGCAGUUUCCGACGGGCCAUCGCCAAUGGCCGCCGUACGCUGCAGCGAGAGAUCCUAUUGGAUGAGACGGGCCUUGGUGUGUACAAGCGCUUUGUGCGCUACGUGGCCUAUGAGAUCCUGCCCUGCGAGACAGACCGGCGCUGGUACUUCCACCAGAACCGCCUUUGUCCCCCGCCCAUAUUCAUGGCCAUCAUUACCAUUGUCCAGAUCAUCGUGUUCAUGUGUUAUGGCAUCAUGCUGAAUAAGUGGGUGCUGCAGACAUACCAGCCAGACUUCAUGAAGAGCCCCCUGGUGUACCACCCCAGACACCGCCACCAGGUCUGGCGCUUCUUCAGCUACAUGUUCAUGCACGUUGGGUUGGAGCAGCUGGGGUUCAACGCUCUGCUCCAGCUGAUGAUCGGAGUUCCCUUGGAGAUGGUCCACGGCAUCCUACGCAUCAGUCUGCUGUACAUGGCCGGUGUUGUGGCAGGGUCCUUGACGGUGUCCAUCACAGACAUGCGUGCUCCAGUGGUGGGGGGCUCCGGCGGGGUCUAUGCUCUGUGCUCGGCGCAUCUGGCCAACGUCGUCAUGAACUGGGCCGGCAUGCGUUGUCCAUACAAGCUCCUCCGCAUGAUUCUAGCGCUGGUGUGCAUGAGUUCGGAGGUGGGCCGUGCAGUGUGGCUGCGCUUCUCCCCGCCUUUGCCCUCCUCAGGGCCCCAGCCCAGCUUCAUGGCCCACCUUUCGGGGGCGGUGGUAGGCAUCAGCAUGGGCCUGCUCAUCCUGCGCAGCUAUGAAGAGAGCCUGCAGAAGCAGUGCUCCUGGUGGGUCAUCGUCUUCUCCUUCAUCACGUUCCUUCUCUUUGCGAUUUUCUGGAACAUCUUCGCCUACGAGCUGCUGGGGGUGCAGCUCCCGCCUGCUCCCUGACACCAAGAAGCUCCCCCCCACUCCAUUACAUUGUCCCUCCCAUUGUCAUAUGUCAAGACCCGUCCACUUUACCAUAUCCUUUUCCUGUCCCCUCAGCCAACCUCCCAACAACACCAUUCAAAACACCAUACGUUUUUUCACUUAAAACUGUACAGGGCAGGAAUUGUUCUUUCCCUUUACCCAUAUCAUCAAAAAAUCAUAUCUGUUUUGUGGUGGGAGGGAAUUUGGUAGCAACAUAUGCAGGUGAAACCUGUGUAGCUCUCUUCAUAUCCUCAUUGUGGAGCAGCUAUGUGAAAAGGUCAUCCCUUUUGUCUUUUGUGUUAAAGCUUUACCCACCUCAAGGUUGAACCUGUCAGCGAGCCAUUUUGAUUAAUACCCAUGCAGCUUCAGUUCUCCUGUGUUCAGAGUGGGUUUAUGACCCUCUAGGUGCUUCUUACUGGACAGGUGUGCGUUCUGUCAGUAUCCCUCACUGCCCAUUUUAAAGCCAUGAGGCAGCAGGGCACCAUUGUUCUAUUGCUCAACAUGCACCUAAACACAAGAUCUACACUGUGGAAUAAUGAUAGGAAUUCACAGGAAUAGGCAUUACAUGUAACAAGGCAUACAGCUAGGAAGUAUAGAGGUUGGAAAGACAAGAGGGGAGAGGGAAAAAAAAAAUGCUGAAACUGUGACAUCCUUUCUCCUCGCCGUCACCACCGUGGUGCUCAUGUCUGUAGCCAUUGUCACUCUCCUUUUCCACCCAACCUAAAUGCUUCAGCAGGUUAGCAUAAUCUCUACCACUACCAUAUGCUAACCUGCUAAGCACCAGCAUCUCAUCUAGCUAAUGCUAUAAGGUCGUAACUAAAACGCUUGCUCUGUGCACCUUGGACACACCAGCCCUCACCCUUCUGUGUUGCCAUCUCCAAGAACAUCCACUGCCUGAUGCUGUCGGUGUGGGAACGCAAAGAGAGAGAUGCACACACUGUCAAUUCUCACUCUAACACACUGAACUGGGGAGGGCAACGGACAUUUUAUCAUCGCCUGACCUCUGACCUCUGUGUCCCAGCGGGCAUUGGGGUCGGUCUGUCGAGGCCCAGUCUAUACCUCAGUGUCUCAUUCUUAGGGACUGUACACUUUUGUAAAGGAAUGUAAGCAUAAAAAAGUGUUAAUAAUUUAUUUCUGUUUUUCCUUUGAUAGUGGAUGUGGAUAUUAUAUGUUCAUAAUUAAGAGUAUAUUUACUUGUAUUUUUUCCUUGUUUGGGAAAACAAAAGAAGAAAAAGUUUCAAACGGUGCAGACUUAAUGCUACGAUUGUUCUUAUCAUUACUCUUACAAUACAGCUUUGUUCCUCUGAAAAUAAUCAGCGAGCAGAAAUCCCUGGUUAUUAUGACGAAUGAACACCAAUGACGCAAGUUACGCUCGUCUUUAUAAAUCUUAGUGCUUUAAAGAAUAAGCCAUAGAAGAACCAAUUCAACAUAGACAUGGAAAACAAAGGAUGAGUAAAAACAGUCGAUGCCUGAUUUCUGGUAUAUGCUUUGGUGAAUGUUUCUGCCGUGUAGUCGUCAUUAUUAAGGUCAAAGCUGAUCAAAUAUUUCAUAUGUUAUGUGGUAAAUGAAAGACAGGAUGACAAAGCCAAACUAUUUGUGCAAGAACAUGCUUGAGAAAUGCUGGACUGUUAAACAUGAAAUAUUUGUUGUUAAACACAUCUUAAAUCAAAUUGUAUUUGUCACAUACACAUGGUUAGCAGAUGUUAAUGCGAGUGUAGCGAAAUGCUUGUAGUAACAACUUUAACAACUUGGUUGACCGAUAGAAUAUUCAGACACAGCAUUACUGUAUGAUUGACAGAUUCCAAAUCAAAUGCCUGACUAGUCUUUUUUGGUUAAUGACAAAUUUUGGAUAGAGGAACAUGCCCCAAAUCAGCUCAUUGUCUGAACCAAGCAUUUGCUAAACUUGAAAUUAAAUUUACUUAUAUGCAUUCUUUUUUUUCAGUUUGUAAGCUAAUUCAUGUGAAAGGUUUCUUCUGACUGCUUUAGAGAAGUUUCCAAUGUUGACAGUUGGUCUCAGACAUAAUCCUCAGCAUACAUGAUUGUCACUGACAGAUGAUACUCAUAAAUCAUAGAAUCCAUAGGACAUUAACACAGAAAAGACAAUGGGGCCUACAUAGGGCUAGAAACUAAAUAUUGGUAAAACUGUUAAUAGGAGUAGGAACCUUCCCGAAAUGAAAUGAAAACUAAAGGGGAUGAUAAAAGCUGAAGUACAAGGUACAAGCUUCUAUUUUCCCACCCUUAAAAACACACCCAGGUCUCAGUUAAGUUAUUUGUCAACCGGUUGUUCAGUCUCAAAUAAGACUCCAAUUCUGUAUUCAUAGACAUGUUCAUUUUUUCUCUCUUUUCACCAUGGCGUAUGAGACAGCCGUCAGAGGAAUUAAGAAGUGCGUAUAUCUUCAUUAAGCAGGCAGAGAAGAGGUCGACAGGAGUAGUUUAUUACCCGUCUGCAAGCCAAAUGACUUCACCUUGGGCUGCAUCCAAACACAGCAGCAUUAACAACACAUCUUCUACAAAAGCCCAUCCAAUCCCACUCUCCUUUUGGCUGAGAUGCCCCUGCUUUGUCCAGACAUCCGAGGAUCUGGAGGGAGAGGUAUAAAGGCUGUGACAAAGGAGCAAGUGUCAAUCUACAGGCUGACAUAUGUCACCGUUUUAGAUGGUGCCAAUGUGUGUCCAUGAGCGAUGGCGGGAGAGGGGGAACAGAGGAAGAGGAUUGGAGAUGGCACCAUUCAUAAAACACCAUUGGGGUCAAAGCAACUGUGUGUGCCUUCAUAUCUUGUCUUCUACCCAUCACAACCCCUCGGGCGUCAGAAAUGAUGUAUGGCUGUUACGUGGGGCUCUGUUCUACCAGGAACCGGGGCUCCACCACUGUAAACAGGAUCUACAUGUGAUCUAUUAUAUAAAUUAUGCUCUAUUGAUUAGAACCCCACCACCACCAUCUCUUUAGUGAGUGGUCUACUGGUCCCCUCCCCUUCACAUUCACUAUGUAAACAAAGCUAUGCGGACACCCCUUCAAAUUAGUGGAUUCAGCUAUUUCAGCCACAUCCGUUGAUGACAGGUGUAUAAAAUUGAGCAUACAAUCUUCAUAGACAAACAUUGUCAGUAGAAUGGCCUUACUGAAGAGCUCAGUGACUUUCAACGUGGCACCGUCAUAGGAUGCCACCUUUCCAACAAGUCAGUUCCUCAAAUUUCUGCCUUGCUUGAGCUGCCCUGGUCAACUGCCAGUGCUGUUAUUGUGAAAUGGAAACAUCUAGGAGAAACAACGGCUCAGCCGUGAAGUGGUAGGCCUCACAAGCUCACAGAAUGGGACCGCCAAGUGCUGAAGGGCACAGUGCUUAAAAAUCGCCUGUCCUUGGUUGCAACACUCACUACAGAGUUCCAAACUGCCUCUGGAAGCAACAUCAGCACAAUAACUGUUGGUCAGGAGCUUCAUGAAAUGGAUUUCUAUGGCAGAGUAGCCGUACACAAGCCUAAGAUCACCAUGCGCAAUGCAAAGUGUCGGCUGGAGUGGUGUAAAGCUCGCCGCCAUUGGACUCUGGAGCAGUGGAAACGCAUUCUCUGGAGUGAUGAAUCCGGCUUCACCAUCUGGCAGUCUGACGGACUAAUCUUUGUUUGGCAGAUACCAGGAUAAAGUUUCCUGCCCCAAUACAUAGUGCCAACUCUAAAGCUUGGCUGAGAAGGAAUAAUGGUCUAGGGCUGUUGUUUAUGGUUCAGGCUUAGUUCCAGUUCCAGUGAAUGGAAAUCUUCCAUACAGACAUGGUUGGUGUAGAUCGGUGUGGAAGAACUUGACUGGCCUGCACAGAGCCCUGACCUCAACCCCACCAAAUACUUUUGGGAUGAAUUGGAACACUGACUGUGAGCCAGGCCGAAUCGCCCAACAUCAGUGCCCGACCUCACUAAUGCUCUUGUGGCUGAAUGGAAGCAAGUCCUCACAGCAAUGUUACAAUAAUCUCGUGGAAAGCCUUCCCAGAAGAGUGGAGGCUGUAAUAGCAGCAAAGAGGAGACAAACUCCAUAUUAAUGCCCAUGAUUUAGAAUGAGAUGUUCAACAAGCAGGUGUCCACAUACUUUUGGUUAUGUAGUGUAUUUGUCAGUGUCCAUGAAUAGCCUAACAUUUUGAAGGAAGGAGGGAUCGGUAUUGAACCACAUCACCAUUAAAGGACGUCACUGUUAAAACCAAUGAUAUAUAUAAAGCCUUGAUUGCUGAUGCUAAUGUAUGUAUUGGCCAUUGACAGGCUUUGAAGCCACUGGUCGGCCAUAUUGGCACUCCUCAGAAAAUCAUUCCACAAUAAGAAUUAAUGGAAUUCUAAAUCUUCUCUAGUGUGUAUAUAUAAAUGAUUGGUUAAAACAAAAAGUGGGACCAACAUACCACCUUGCCAUGUGCCCUCCAUUUUCCUUGGAUGCAUCAACCCCAUAGUUGACAUCAUCUAUGGGGCCGUUCUCAAAGCCCUUUCCCUGUUUAUCCUUUCUGUGUUCAUGUCUAAAUGCAACAACUUUUGUAGCAAGCAUAUUUGAGAUUUAUACUGUUAUUAGAUACUCCAGACUCUUGUGUUUUGACAUCAUUGAGCUUUUUUGCACUUGUUGUAAUGUGGUAAACUGACAUGUCCUCGUGCCAAUAUGUUAUAGUGCCAUUUUGUUCUUUAUGCUUUCAUUGGUAUUACCUCUUUACCCCAAUUUUUUGUGCUCUUAUGGAUAAUGCCUUGUUACAACUAGUGCGUCUACAUCCUAAACAUAGCAAUGGGAGAGGGGGCUUGGCUUUUGCGUUUGUGUGUUAUUAAAGGCAUCAGGCUAUGAGGGUCACUGCACUGCGUCACUGUCCUGAUCUUUAUAUAGUAUGGAUAUGUAGAUCAACCAACCUUAAUUAUAUCGAUACCUGCUCUAAGCUGAUGCUUGUGAACAAGCAGGUUGCCUUCUCCCAGUACGUGUCGGUGGUGUACUACUUGAACAUGGGGUACUUUAAUGCUGUACUGUAUGAGGCAGGCUACUGUAGCUCAUUCGACAGAUAAACUGUUAUUUUAAAUAAAAAUCAAAGCAAGCAAACCAGCGCAUUAUUUUUUCAGUAUCAACUUCUAAUAUUAAUUCAUUUGAGCGCAGUGGAAUCCACACAUGGUUUGACCAACAUACAACAAUCACCAGUGCUGAAUAGUUAUCCAAUUUGUUUUCAUCUAUCUCUAGACCAUUAGAAUACCAGUAUAUAUAGGUUUUGAAUGCAGCAUAUGGUACAGUAGUUAUGGAUAACUGAGGCAGUUUGGUUUAUGGUCAUAUGUGUGCUGCUGUGGUAGUUUACACUGGCUGUUCUCUUGCAUUGAUAAAAAUGUUGCCAAGCUUAGGAGGUUAAACCUCCAAAUCCAGACCAGAAGUUGUGCCAAAACAGCGUUUACAAAAGAAUAAAUAAAAAAUUAAUAGAGAGGCUAUUUUUCUCUGGGUCACAAAAUGUAUGUAAAUAUGGAUAGUUUAUAUUAAAUUCCUCAUUAAUUAUUUAAUGAUGUAUUGUACUUUUUAAAUGUUCUGAAUUGAACCCUUUUAUAUUGUAUAUAUUUAUGUUUUAUUUUGUACUGUUCAUUGUACUUGCUUUAAUUUCGGAACAAUACGAAUAAAGAACAAUACUGUGGAAAUGUCUCAUCUUC